GUUUCUUUUUGUUUUUUUUUUUUUUUUACUCUUAGGUUGCUUCCUUUGCAGCUGCUGCCAAGCAAAUCUUAGUUUCAAUGGCAAAGCUAAGCACCUGUUUUUCCCUAUGCUGUUUUCUGUUCAUUCUUGUUCCCAUCUUGGCCCAUAGCAGACAACCUUCCGGCGAUGAAGAACAAGCGGUACUACUGCGGCAGCAAGAGGCUGACAGAGUCACAAACUUGCCUGGACAGCCAGCCGUGAACUUUAGGCACUAUGCAGGGUACGUGAAACUCCAGCCUCAAGAUCAGAAAGCGUUAUUCUACUGGUUUUUUGAAGCCCAAAGUGGAGUUGCUCGCAAGCCUCUUGUUCUUUGGCUUAAUGGAGGGCCUGGUUGCUCAUCAGUGGCCUAUGGAGCUGCUCAAGAACUUGGUCCAUUCCUUGUUCGUAGCAAUGGCACUGAGCUUACUUUUAACAAAUUCUCUUGGAACAAAGUUGCAAAUAUGUUGUUUUUGGAGGCACCAGUUGGUGUGGGGUUUUCAUACACCAACAAUUCUGAAGAUUUACGUAAACUUGGUGAUCAAAUUACUGCUGCAGACUCUUAUACAUUCCUAAUCAAUUGGUUCAAAAGGUUUCCAAGCUUCAAAUCCCAUGACUUUUACAUUGCCGGAGAGAGCUAUGCUGGUCAUUAUGUUCCCCAGCUGGCUCAAUUCAUUUAUGAGAAAAACAAAGGAUUUAGCAAAGACUCAUACAUUAAUCUCAAGGGAUUCAUGAUUGGGAAUGCUGCCAUCAAUGAACCAACUGAUACCUUAGGGCUUUUUGAUUAUGCCUGGAGUCACGCCAUCAUUUCAGACCAACUCUACGAUAAGAUAAACAAGGAAUGCAGUUUUAAAGAGAUCAGUAACCAAACAGCUCAAUGCACUGAACAUAUGAGAGGUUUCAUGGAAGCUUAUUCUGACAUCGACAUGUACAGCAUCUACACCCCCGUUUGCCUUAAAUCUUCCGGCAGAACCUAUUCCAAACUCGUAGUUGCUCCUCGUCUCCUCACGCAACAUGGCCUUUGGCAUAAGCUACCAUCAGGCUACGAUCCCUGCACAGAAGAUUAUGUAGAGAAAUACUUCAACAGAAAAGAUGUUCAGACUGCCCUGCAUGCUAAUGUCACAAAGCUUCCCUAUCCUUACACUACAUGCAGUGGUGUAAUUAAGGGUUGGAACGACUCUCCAGAUUCUGUGUUACCUACCAUUCAAAAACUCCUCGACGCUGGCUUACGCAUUUGGAUUUACAGUGGCGAUACUGAUGGGAGGGUGCCAGUGACAUCAACGAGGUACAGCAUAAACAAAAUGAGGUUAAAAAUUAAAGAAGAAUGGAGGGCAUGGUUCUACAAGAGCCAAGUGGCUGGAUGGGUAGAGACGUAUGAAGGAGGCCUGACGUUUGCCACAGUGCGCGGUGCGGGACAUCAAGUCCCGGUAUUCGCACCUGAUCAGUCCCUUUCUCUCUUCACCCAUUUUCUUACUGCCGACACCUUGCCACCUUCACGUUCCUAGCUAGCUAGCUGCUGCUGCUAUUUAGACUAUUGCCAGUAGGGCCGUAGCUGAUAGCCAUUUGUGUCGCUAAAUCAGUUAUGUUCAGCAAAGUUUGUGACAGUUCCAUUAGAAUUUUUAGCUACUAGCAUUUGUCCCCCUCCCUGCAUGCAUUUUUCUAUAUGAUUUCUGUAGUAGAUAUCCUUAUCUUGCUUUGCAUAAAAAUCAAGAUCAAGUAAGCCAAGAAAAAUCAUUACAGAACAACUACAGUCUACAAG